AUGGCUGUCCUCCUCUACCAGCUCCUCCUCCUCCUGGUGCCGUUCCUUGCAUCGGCCUUGCCGGCCGUGAAUAAUGAGAGAGAUGGUCCCCUCACACCAGGCGAGGACCCUUUCUAUCAACCGCCAGCUGGUUGGGAGACCAAGGCGCCCGGCGCGAUUCUGCGACACCGGACUCCCCCAUUCCCUGUCGCGGCGUUCGGCUUGGCCAAAGUCAAUCUUGACGCCUCGCACCAGAUCCUUUACCGCACGACUGAUUCCUUUGGCGAACCUAUUACCACUGUGACCACGGUCCUUGUCCCGCAUAAUGCAGACUACACAAAGGUGCUGUCGUACCAAGUUGCUCAGGAUGCAGCAGAUCCAAACUGUUCGCCAUCGUUCGCGAUCCAACAGUUCUCAGAUGCAGGCGAGGCUUUGGCCCUUAUUAUGCCUCAGCUCGAAUACCUGUUCAUGAGCUCGGCAUUGAAUAAGGGCUGGGUUGUUAUUAUUCCCGACCAUCUCGGGCCCAGGUCCGCAUUCCUAGCCAACCAUCUGUCGGGGCAUGCGGUGUUGGAUAACAUCCGCGCUGCCUUGGCCUCCACCUCCUUCACUGGCAUAUCGAAGAAGGCCACCGUCUCAAUGUGGGGAUAUUCCGGCGGUAGUCUUGCGAGUGGUUUCGCCGCUGAACUGCAACCUUCAUACGCACCAGAACUGCGCAUUGCAGGCGCGGCCCUUGGAGGAACUGUGCCCAAGAUUCUGCCUGUUAUCGAAGCCUCGAACGAAGGCAUCUUCACAGGCCUUAUUCCCGCAGGUAUUCAGGGUCUUGCAAAUGAGUAUCCGUCAGCGGCUGCGCUCAUUCGCGACAACAUUGUCCCUGAGAAAUGGGCAGAUUUCAACAAGACCCAGGAGCUGUGUCUCACCGGUAACAUCAUCGAAUACCUAGGCCACGAUGUGUACACAUACGUCAAGGAUCCCAAUAUCUUCCGCGGACCUGUCGCAACCCAGCUGAUGAACGAAAACGCAAUGGGUCAAAACACCCCCAAUAUCCCACUCCUCAUCUACAAGUCUGCCAACGACGAAAUCAGUCCUGUCAAGGAUACCGAUGACCUGUACAACACGUAUUGCUCCAACGGGGCGAAUGUCGAAUAUGAUCGCGAUGUGUUGUCCGAACACGCGCUGCUUGCAAUCACAGGCGCACCAGAUGCGUUCCUUUGGCUCAUCGAUCGCAUGAACGGUGUGCCGGUGAAGAAGGGAUGUACGAAGAAGACGCGGCUGACAGGGCUUGCGGACCCGCGGGCGAUUCUGGCCUUGGGUCUGGAUAUUGUGCGCUUCCUGUUGGGAUUCUUGUUGUUGCCCGUCGGUCCAAUUGCGCGGUAA